GAGUCGAUUCAAAGUUCAGACAUUUGAGAGUCUUAUUACGACCGGGAGAUGUUAGCAAGUCGCGUCUUCUCGCGAAAAAUCUCACCUUUCGCAUCGAUCUUCUUCCAGAAACUUACUACAAACCCUUCAAUUCUUCGAGUUUCAUUCUCGAAUCUAAAACCCAAAACGCUACUUCACCCGAUUCUGCCGAAGCCUUUCACGGUGUUUGUUUCUCGGUUCCAUGACGGGAGACCAAGAGGUCCUCUCUGGAGAGGGAAGAAACUGAUCGGGAAAGAAGCCCUUUUCGUGAUUCUGGGUCUCAAGAGAUUGAAAGAAGACGACGAGAAGCUGCAGAAGUUUAUAAAGACACAUGUUCUCAGAUUGUUGAAAUUAGAUAUGUUGGCUGUUAUCGGAGAGCUUGAACGACAGGAAGAGACUGCCUUAGCCAUCAAGAUGUUCGAGGUGAUUCAGAAGCAGGAAUGGUACCAACCUGAUGUGUUUAUGUACAAGGACCUUAUAGUAUCCUUAGCAAAAAGUAAAAGAAUGGACGAAGCAAUGGGGUUGUGGGAGAAAAUGAAGAAAGAAAACCUCUUUCCUGAUUCUCAGACUUAUACAGAGGUUAUCAGAGGAUUUUUGAGAGACGGAUGUCCCGCUGAUGCCAUGAAUGUGUAUGAAGACAUGUUGAAGUCUCCAGAUCCGCCGGAGGAGUUGCCGUUUAGGGUUCUGUUGAAGGGGCUUCUACCGCAUCCCCUUCUCAGAAACAAAGUGAAGAAAGAUUUCGAAGAGUUGUUCCCUGAGAAACAUGCUUAUGAUCCACCCGAAGAGAUAUUUGGUAGAUGCUGAGAUCACUCGUAGUCUUGAAUUGCACAGCGGAGACACGGGAAAUGUUUGCGAAUGUUAUUCAUCCGUAGCUUGCGUGCAUUGGGCAGGGGAAGUCUAUCUUGAUCAAGAUCCAAAAGGUGUGAUCUUGAAGAAGUAUCUGUAGAUAUUGCAAGUGGCUAAACAAACUGUAUCACAAGACAAACGACUUAGAUAGUUAGACAAAAGACUCAGAUUAUGUAGUAACUUCUACUCCUUGUUAUGAUGCUUCAUAAUUUUAGACAUCUACUGAACUUUUGGUGAA